GCAGCAGAGUCGAACACGAACCGAAUAGAGCGUGCGUAAAGUGAACCGUUUGCCAAGGGGACUGCACACCGGAACGACCGCGGAAAAACGUUGCACACGUUUUUUCCCGGCACCGCUUGUGUGUUGUUUUCCCGCACGGGGCCGAUACGAAGAAAACCCUCCCGGGAGGUUUACCGUGUGUGUGUGUGUGUGGUAGUGCGUGAGUGUGCGUGCGUGUGAGUGCCACUGGGCCCUUUCUCUGUGUAAGGAAGCUUAGUUGCAGCCCCGUUGUACAUUGGCAGUGUGCCGUGGAGUACGUUUCGGGUUACACCAGCGAUUGAGGCGUGAUUGUUUUCACCACACAUAAACACCGGCCAGCAUUGCCGGUGGUGGAUGCAUUUGUUAUGCGCCGCGGGUGGAUCUAGUGGCAUUAUCGUUGCUGUGUAAGCUACCAGGGGGAGGGCUUCGUGCUAGUGUCUGGAUAGUGCUACCGUCUGCUGGGCAGUGUGUUAACAGCACAUGUGUUGUGUAGCCGUUUCUAUCGUGCUGCUGGUGAUCUAAUUUUGCAGUGUGCAGUGCGUUUUUCCGUUGCGAAAGGAAGAUAGUUUGAUAAUUGAUCGCUUACAAUUGGGUGCAGCCUAGGUGGUCUGCAGUUUUGUGUGCUGUGCUGAGGAGGUGAUCCGGCCGGGCGCAGUGACUAGUGCGCGCGUUGGUGGUGCAUUCGAUUGGAGCGCAGAAGUCGGCGUACGCAGCUGAAAGGAUGAAAGUGAGAUUGGCGGAUUAAAUCAAAACGGAAAAAAUACAAAAAGACACAUUAUCGCUACAAACAAUAAUUCGCUGUAGCUCAGCGCAUUCCAGACCAGAGGUGCCAGUGUGUGUGUGUGUAAUUUAUCAAGACUUCAGCUCCGAACCGUACCUAAACCAAUCAAUCAAUCAAUCAAACAAGACGAUCGUUUGAUAGGUCGAUCUUUGGGUCGAUCGGGAUCGUACACGACGAAAAGUGUACGAGAGUGGAGUGGAUGUACGUGAGUUCUGCCACUGUCUUGACCCCGGGAGAAGAGAAGCGCGGUGUUAAAUACGUCUUGCCCCAUUCAAUCGCAUCGAUGUCGAAGUGCAAAAAUAACAGACAGAAAUAAAGUAAAUAAAAAUCAAGUCAGCCCACCAGGCAGAAGAUGCGGGGUGCGAAAUGGCUGCCAAGAACCUUGACCGUUGAUACCGAACUGACAAGUGCUGGCCACUAUCGCCGAGAAUGUCGGCAUACCGUGGAUAUACAUUUUUGACGUUUUCUUUUCCUGCCAAGUGGCGUGAGCAUACAGCGGCGUGCGAAAGGCUGUUGUGGUGAGCAAAUGUUCAAGUGAGGUGGUGUGAAAAGUGUGGUUCCAUUUCCAAGUGUUUCGCGUUGGUCGAAGAAGUGCGUGCGUUCAAGGACUUUAGUGGUCAGUUUUUGGGAACAUUGCCAUCUCCCCGUUCCAGGGGUUCUGCUUACUAGUGAACUUAGAUAGUGUAUCUGUGAGUGUCUGUGUGUGUGUUUGCAGCCAAAACAACAAGGACAGCGAGCAAAAUGUAUUGCCUUUGCCGAUCGUCCAAAACCAUCACGGUGCGGAUCGUGCUGCUGGACGAGACGGACUUUCUUCACGAACUGCAGGAUGAUCUGCCCGGGCAGGCCUUGCUGGAUGUGGUGUUCGCCCGGCUGAACCUGAUAGAGACGGCCUACUUCGGCAUCCGGUACAUCGAUCAGGACAAUCAGACGCACUGGCUCGAUCCGGGCGCAAGGCUCUCCCGCCAACUGAAGGCGGGCAAGGUACCGUACGACCUUUACUUUGGCGUCAAGUUCUACGCAUGCGAUCCCUGCAAGCUGGUCGAAGAAAUCACGCGGUACCAGCUGUAUCUGCAGGUAAAGCAGGACAUUCUGCAGGGCCGGCUGCCUGUGUCGUUCGAGCUGGCGGCCGAGCUGGGAGCGUACGUCGUGCAGGCCGAGCUGGGCAACUACGAUCCACGGAAGCAUCCGCCCGGCUACGUGUCCGAGUUCCGGCUGCUCAACAACCAAACGAAGGAAAUCGAGAGCCGCAUCCACGAGCUGCACAUCCAGCUGGAAGGGAUGGCGCCGUCCCAGGCCGAGUUUAACUAUCUCGACAAGGUCAAAUGGCACGACAUGUACGGGGUGGAUCUGCAUCCGGUGCUGGGCGAGGACAGUGUGGAGUACUUUCUCGGCCUAACACCCGGUGGCAUCGUGGUGCUGCGCAACAAAACCACCGUCGCCCACUACUACUGGCCUCGGAUAGCGAAGGUCUACUACAAGGGACGAUACUUUAUGCUGCGCGUCUGUGAUAAAAACAAUGAAGUUAGUACGUACGGUUUCGAGACACCAAAAAAGAGCGCCUGCAAGCAUCUGUGGAAGUGCUGCGUGGAGCACCAUUCGUUCUUCCGCCUGGUCCGGGUGGCACCGAUGCAAGCGACCGGCACGCUUGCCAGCAAGUACAGUGCCCGUUCGGAGCGUCAAUCGAUGAAGGACCUCUCAACGCAACAGCGUGUACCGCCCGUGUUCACCCGGACACCGUCCCGCCGACAGCCGCGGCGCGUCAUGAACGAUGUCCCGCCGACGACCGAGGACAAGAUGUUCGAUGCACCGAAAUACAUUCAGCAGGAAAUCAAAUCCAUUUCCAUACCUCAACCGGCGCAAUCCUUUGAGAGCCCUUACCGUUCUACUUGCAGCAUACCGGCCGCACUCAGUGGCGCUGGUAGUGGCGGCGGUGGCAAAUCGCAAGCAUCCGUUGUGCCGCCCGACUCGCCACGCAGUACGCGCAGCGCCCCCUGGAUGCGGUCGCAGCAGCGCGGCCUGUUCGGCAUCAACUCCAGCCCCAAGUCGGUACGGUCCGCUUCGACGCGCAUGAGCGCACCGGCCAACAACAACAAUGGCAGCAGCAACCACAACAGCAGCCGGAUGAGGUCCAGCUCGGUCGAGAGUCACUCGUCGAAUGAGUCGCGCUCGGGCCGGCGACGCCGCCAUCGAAGCCGCCGGGUGUCGGACAACGAGAGCGAAAUGAGCCGCGGAUCGGGCCGCUCCGGCCGGUCGCACAACUCGCACCGGAAGCACCGGCGCCAUCGCUCCAAGAGCCGCCGAAAUCGGUCGGACACGGAGAGCCGCGAUCGGAGCUACUCGGGUCACCGCCGGUCGACCGACUCGAUCGAGCUGGUCGACUCGGGCGAGCAGUGGCUGGAGGUGCAGCGCAAGCAGCACUCGGACGCGGUACCGAAGGCGGCCGUCAUCAAGAGCAGCCAGGUGAUGAAGGGCGCCCAUCCGGACGCGGGCAUCAUCCAGCAUCACCAUCGGAGCCGGCGCCACCGCAAGCACCGGUCGCCGUCGGAGAAGAUCUGGUCGAGCGAGCUGACCAAGCAUCUGCAGUUCGAUCUGGUUGACACGACCGGCAUGACCGAGGAUCAGCUGCGCGAGAUCCCGUACACGGUCGUCGAGACGAACCAUGCCGCCAAAAAGCCCAACACACUCAAGGUGCACAAGACUAGUCAUCAAUCGUCGACCUCGCUCGCGAGCCACCAGCAGCAGCACCAGCAGCACCACCAUCAGCACCAUCAGCACCAGCAUCACCAUGCGCUGCCGGCGCACCAGCACCAGGCGAGCAACAAUCGCAUCGACCGGAUACGGGACCCGUACGCGAAGGGUGGCGACGGUAGCCUGGUGGAGAACGGCAUCAACGGCGGAUCGAUACGGUCGGCAAGUACGAUCAGCUCGUCGCGCGAAUACGACCGCAACUCGGGGCUUAUAAGAAUGAUGUCCAGCAUGAGCAUGGGUGACUUCAUCUCGCCAACUGGAUCCAGCUUGAGUCCGCUCGACAGCUCGGGACUGCGGGUGUCGCACGAGCACACCGAUUCUGGCCUCGGAGCUGAUCAGGACUAUGCCUACUCGUCGGAAAGAUCCAGCGACAGCGCCAAGUACGGUACGAACAAGUCUUCCGGAGCGUCCGUGACGUCAGGCCAGACCAAGUCCUCCUCGUCCAACACGAUGAAGUCGCACCAUCACACUGUGAGUAGUAGGAAACCUCCGCUCUGUCCCGGUCGUUCGGGGCAAACCAACCCUCCCGCAGCUAUCACACAACAACCGCAGGCACAACAGCAGCAACAGCAGCUACAAACACAACCACAUCAGCAAAGCAAAUUCUCCUCGGUACCUGGUGUACAUAGUGCCAACGGCAGUAACAGUCGCUUGAUAAAUACUAACAACACACACUAUCAAAACAAUCACUACACCUUCAGCCUAACCCGAACCCCGAAACCCCACCAGGCUCACCUGCAGCAGCAGCAGCACCAGCUGCAGGGUCAGCACGCGUAUCGGCCUCACAACCUCACUAACAAUCUGGGCGGGCGCGCCCAUCCGGCGGCCGGCGGUGUCGGUAGCAUUGGCAGCGCGUUAAGCACUAGCACAUACCUGGACACGGUGGCGACGCUGUCGUCGUCGGCCGCGCCCUACCACUACUACUACGACGGGACCGGCUUCCGGUCGAACGUGGGCGGUGGACCCGGGCUGGGCUUCCACGGGCUGGGCCCGGGUGCCGGCAGUGGUACCCGCGGCACCAAGUCCGAUAUCGGCGUACCGAUACGCCCGAAACGGCACUAUCAGCAGCAACAGGCACACCAGCAGCAGCACCAGCAGCAGCACCAAUACAACCACAUCACCAGUGUGCACAAUUUCAGCCGCACUUCCGGGGGCGACCGGAAGCAACGGCACCCGAUGGUACAAUCGCCAUCGUUCAACAAGUCGAUCGACUAUCUGGAAAACUAUAAGACUGGCUUGGAAAGACUUAACCAGGGUGGCGGUGGUGGUAGUAGUAGUGGCCUAAAUAAUAACAAUCCGGAAACGUUCACCGGACUGCUCGGCAUGGGCGCCACCGGCAGUCAGAACGUACUGAACAACCAGAACAACAACAACAACCCGAAUGGGCCGUGGGAAGUCAUCGACGGUACCAAGGGGCAGGCGGAUGGGGUCGUUGAUCGGGUCGGUCCGUUGAUUUGUUUCGAUACGAACCGGAACCAGGACGGCACACGGGCCGGGCCGGGAGAGCAAACGCCCGCAAACUCUACGCCGACCCGCCAGUGCGAGGGCAGUAAUGGAAACAUGCACAGCGAGGUGAACUCAUCGCCCACCGGCCAACCAGUCGCGGUGGUCAACGGUGGGCCGCAGGGUGGACAGGGUGUGCGUAACAGUCCGACCAAAGCCUCCGCCGAUACGGCGGGAUUAACCAAAGCUCGACCCCAGGUCCGAUCUAGUCCGGCACGGUUCGGUCUCGGUAAGAACAGCAACCAUCGUUCGUCCAGCUUAGAACUGAUACUAACACCUAUCAUACAGAGCCGACGGGCCCAGUAAUUAUGGGUGAAAUGAGCACGGAAUUAUAAAUUGUCAUCGAAUCGCUCCUCUCAAGCCGCAUGGAAAUGGCUCUCCACUGACUAAACACGGCAAGCGAACCGACCGCAACAUGGCAAACUGAGUGAAAAGUAGCAGCAACCGUUCGGAAGAUCUGUAGCCGUUUGUCCAUUUUUUAAAAAUGUGUAACAGUUUUUUGGCUGUUUAAUAAUCAAAAAUGUAUCGUCUCACAACAAUGCUUCCACCACCAGACACACAUUGGGAAUAAGAAAUAAACAGUAGCGAGCGCGCGCGUUUGUGUGUUGUGGAGUUUGCAAAGUGCCACGAGUAUGUAAAAUUACAACCACUCCACUUAGACGUUAGAUCCUCAUCGAGCAGGAUGUGUCGAUAACCGGCACCGACGGUCGGUUAGUUAUGACACUGUUCGGAACUACCAAAAACCCCAAUACGUGGCAAGGAGCGGUUUCUUAGCGGAGUAUUAUGGCUGGAGCAUUAGCGUUGGGGAGGCUUCUUUUUAUCGACAUUAACAUAUAUGCAUGUAUUAACCUCAGAGCGGGACGGCAAGGGAUAGAUGUGAUCGACGAGUGCAAGUGGACGACGACGGUCACACGGUAGUAUGUAGGUAUGUACUUUUCUUUUUAAACACAAAACGGCAGUACCACUAAUGCAAUCCAGAACCAAAAAGAUGAAAAGAGAGGGCGGUAAAUGCGUAAAUCAAAAGAAUGGUAAACAAAAAAUCGAACUACACAGUAAGCAGGUUAGGCUAAGCCCUAGGAGUAUAGGAGUAACUAACGAAAGAGUGAGACAUUCUCGAUGUGCAUGUGUGUUAGGUAUUAGGAGCGCGUGUCAAGGCUCCAGGCGCUAGCGAGUGUGACCCGUGGUUUUGAUCACAAUUUAUUAUCAUCCAUCGGUAGUGUUUAAGUUUUCGAUGUACGUGUGAGUGUGUCUUCCCCCUCCCCUUCUCGCUUGUGAGGGGCGGGUUGAGGGAAAGCAUAACAGUAAGCUUAGCCGCUAUCGUCCGUUUCUUCACAACCCGCUUAUAUAUCUUACUGUUAGGUGUGUCUGAAUCUGUUCGUUCUCCAAUUGCAGACCUUGAUUCUAUGUUUUCCUGCUGUUAUUGCGCACUCUUGCCUACCCUUCCAUGGUGUUACGCAGGAGUAAGAGCGGCCUUGUUGAUGCAUCUUGGCGCAACCCACACCGCGUGGUCAAAUCGUGGCAUCAACACACGAACGCAGAUUAUGCUGAAGUGCUCUUGAUGUUUGGGACACUGGGGCGGUGUACGUUUUCCCCCCCGUUUUUGAAUACUUCUCUGUAGGUGUCCCGUUCAAACUGUCGCAUAAAUCGGAUCGUAAACCAUUGCAUGUAUGUGUACACAUUCGUUUUUUUAUCGAAUCGAUCAUUCAACAACAAAACUCACUUCUUCAAACACUGUGAAACUCAAUAAAAAGGAAAAUUGGAUUGUAAACAUAAGCACAA